GCGAGAUGAAGGAAAUCGAGGGCAAUCAAGUUAUGUUUACAGUUUUAGAACUUGGCGGGAUGGAUUUGCAAAAGUAUUUUGAUAAAAUAAUUAGAGAUGAAGAGGGUUAUGUAGAGGAAGAAGAGGGUUAUGUAGAGGAAAGAACACACGAAGAUUUUCUUGUAAAAGUUUUUAGAGGGGCUGCUAAAGCACUUACACAAUUCCAUAAAUAUGGAAUUCAUGGAGAUAUUAAAUUAGAAAAUUUUAUUGUUUCGUUGGGGAAAAUUUAUGAUGAAAAUGUGAUUGAAUGUAAAUUAAUAGACUUCAACACAUCUGUGCUAAAGGGUCAAUAUAGUCUAAAAAAUAUGAAAAUUUUCGCUAAAAAGAAUAAAGCUCCAGAAAUAGUAAAAAGCGGAAAGGUAUUUUUCAUAUUUAUUUUCUUUUUUCGUAUUAAACAUAUGUACAUAUAUGUACAUAAAAAUUAUAUAUGUACAGCUGUGCUCUUGCAGUAA